ACGAUAAAAUACGAUAUACUGUAUACACCACUUGUUUAUUAUCAUAACACGUCAUUUAUGUAUGAAACUGGGCGCAAUUACUAUCCGGUAUCGAUGGGUGACGCCAAUAUUACUUGAUAUUAGAUAUUAUUAAUAAUAAUUUAUUUAUUCGUCAGUCAAUAUUUAUUUAUUAAUUUAAUAAAAUUUUUACAUUUAUUAGUUCCGAAUAUUCGAGUCUUUUUUUGCUUUUAAUUUAUUUGUUUUCCGUGUAUUCGCGAUGUGUAAUUUAUUUAAUUUGAGUGGAAAAGUGGGGAUGCUGAAAAAUGGAUUUUUCCGGAGCAACCCAAUGUUGUACUCGGCUAGGAAUUUCAGUGUCAAGUGCAUGCAUUAUGGUACCAACGUAGAUAAGCGAACACUGGUUAGUGGUGAACGUAAGCAGCGCACCUUCUCUGACCGGUCACAGUUGAAAUACGCUAGAAGACUAGUUGUCAAACUUGGAAGUGCAGUUAUUACUAGAGAAGAUGGGAAUGGAUUGGCGUUGGGGAGAUUGGCUUCUAUUAUCGAACAGGUUGCAGAAUGUCAUCACGAAGGUCGCGAAUGCAUCAUGGUGACCAGCGGUGCGGUGGCAUUCGGCAGACAGAAGCUCACCCAGGAGUUGCUCAUGUCUCUGUCCAUGAGGGAGACGCUGUCACCAAGCGAUCAUACGAGAGAGGACGCCGGCAGCAUCUUGGAUCCGAGAGCGGCGGCGGCGGUGGGUCAGUCCGAGCUCAUGGCUAUGUACGACGCCAUGUUUUCUCAAUAUAAUGUCAAAAUCGCUCAGGUUCUAGUAACGAAACCCGACUUCUACAACGAGGAAACAAGGAAGAACUUAUUCUGUACGCUCUCCGAGUUGAUAUCUCUGAACAUAGUGCCUAUUGUGAACACCAACGACGCGGUCAGCCCGCCGAUGUACAUCCACGACGACACCGUUGUACCAGGCACGGGAAAAAAGGGUAUUGGUAUAAAAGACAACGACAGUCUAUCAGCACUUUUAGCAGCCGAAAUACAAUCGGAUCUGCUCAUCAUGAUGUCGGACGUAGACGGCAUCUACAACAAGCCGCCCUGGGAAGACGGAGCACGCAUGAUGCACACUUAUUCGUCCAAGGAGCAAGUACAGUUUGGACAAAAAUCGAAGGUAGGUACAGGCGGUAUGGAUUCUAAGGUCAAUGCCGCUACAUGGGCCAUGGCUCGAGGAGUCAGCGUUGUAAUAUGCAACGGCAUGCAAGAGAAGGCAAUCAAAACUAUUAUAAGCGGACGAAAAGUUGGCACUUUCUUCACGGAUUGUCCCAGCAACUCUACGACUUCUGUCGACAUUAUAGCUGAGAAUGCUCGCACUGGUAGUAGAGUUUUACAAAAACUAACGCCCAGUGAAAGAGCAUCAGCCAUUCAUACGUUGGCUGAUCUAUUAAUAGAGAAAAAAGAACAAAUCUUAGAAGCGAAUGCAAAGGAUUUAGAAGAAGCAACAAAGAGCGGUUUGGAAAAACCACUACUAAACAGACUUUCUCUUAGUGCAGGAAAGUUAAAAACUUUGUCUAUUGGUCUAAAACAAAUAGCUGAUUCCAGUUAUGAAAAUGUUGGACGGGUAUUGCGAAGAACAAAACUAGCGGAAAACUUAAUGCUGAAGCAAGUUACAGUUCCAAUUGGAGUCUUGCUCGUUAUAUUUGAAUCUAGACCAGAUUCUCUACCACAAGUAGCUGCUUUAGCGAUGGCGUCAGCUAACGGUCUUCUUCUGAAAGGUGGAAAAGAAGCAGCAUUUUCAAACAAAGCAUUAAUGGAACUUGUGAAAGAAUCCCUCCAGUCAGUAGGUGCACAAGAUUCUAUAUCAUUAGUAUCGACACGGGAAGAAAUAAGCGAUUUACUAGCGAUGGAAAAACAUAUAGAUCUUAUAAUCCCUCGAGGAUCAUCCGAUUUGGUCAGAAGUAUUCAAAAGCAAUCUCAGCACAUCCCCGUUUUGGGACAUGCUGAAGGUAUCUGUCAUGUUUAUUUGGACAAAGAUGCGGAUCCGAUUAAAGCAAUAAAAAUAGUCAGAGAUGCCAAAUGUGAUUACCCCGCUGCGUGUAACGCCAUGGAGACGUUACUGCUUCACGAAGAUCAUUUAAAUGGUUCUCUAUUUACCGAGAUUUGUAACAUGCUUAAACAUGAGGGUGUAAAGAUUCACGCUGGUCCAAAGCUUGCUACACAGUUGACGUUCGGUCCACCGCCAGCAAAAACAAUGAGACAUGAAUAUGGUUCACUGGAAUGUUGUAUAGAGAUUGUCAGUGAUAUGGACGCAGCGAUAGAUCACAUUCACAAGUUUGGAAGCUCACAUACUGAUGUCAUCGUCACUGAGAAUGAUGCCACAGCGAAGCAGUUCUUGAACGCAGUCGACAGUGCUUGCGUGUUCCACAACGUUUCAUCUCGUUUCGCUGACGGCUUUCGGUUCGGCCUCGGCGCGGAGGUCGGGAUAUCUACUGCUAGGAUACACGCGAGAGGACCGGUCGGCGUUGAAGGUCUUUUGACAACGAAAUGGAUUCUCGAGGGAACGGAUCACACGGCCGCUGAAUUCAACGAAGGGAAACGGAACUGGCUCCAUGAAAAUUUACCCCUUAAUUGACUUAGGCGGAAAAUUUCCAGCAAAACACUGAACUUUUUAAUGUCAAAGUUCGCGAAACUUCUGUUUUAAAAUUAAAUGUUAGGUAAUGAACCCUUAUCGAAUAGAAAUACGCUUCGUUUAAUUAGAAUUUAAGGAUGUAGAAAAUCUGUGAAACUUAUUUACUUAGGAGAAAAAUGUUUAAUUUAGUACAAUUGUUUCUGUUUUGUAUAAAAUUGUGUAAAGCACGUAGAAUAAUAAUAAGUACCUAUAUCUGUUAUAUUUUUUCAGGCAAUUAAUAAAUAACUAAGGAUAUAUUAUAAUUAAUUAAUUAUUCUGUUCAAAUUAAAUCAAUGUAAAGUUUAUUUUUAAUGGAUCAUUUUGUAAAUAAAAAUAUUUAUUAUAUAACAUUGAUUGUAGUAAACUCUGGUUAAAAUAAAUUGAUGAAUAUGAAGUAGGUAUUCAAUCUACCUAAUCGGGGAUAUACCAAUCUACCUAUUUGUAAUAGUUGUUUUCCAAUUACAAUAAUAUCUAUUAUUGUAUAAGUACUUUUAAAAUAAACAGUAUAAUUAA